CCCCCCCUCCCGGGAGUCCCUGCACCAUGGACCCCCCAGGGUACAACUGCUUUGUGGACAGAGACAAGAUGGACGCAGCCGUGCAGGACAUGGGCCCCAAGGAGCUGAGCUGCACGGAGCCGCAGGAGCUGAAGCAGCUGGCCCGCCAGGGCUACUGGGCUCGCAGCUAUGCCCUGCGUGGCAAGGUGUACCAGCGGCUGAUCCGGGACAUCCCCUGCCGCACCGUCACGCCGGAUGCUAGCGUGUACAGCGACAUCGUGGGCAAGAUCGUGGGCAAGCACAGCGACAGCAGCCUGCCCUUGCCCGAGUUUGUGGACAACACGCAGGUGCCCAGCUACUGCCUGAACCCGCGUGGCGAGGGCGCCGUGCGCAAGAUCCUGCUGUGCAUCGCCAACCAGUUCCCGGACGUGUCCUUCUGCCCCGCGCUGCCCGCCGUCGUGGCCCUGCUGCUGCACUACAGCACGGACGAGGCCCAGUGCUUUGAGAACACCUGCCGCAUCCUGGCCUGCAACGACCCCAGCAGGAAGCUGGUGGACCAGAGCUUCCUGGCCUUCGAGUCCUCCUGCAUGACCUUCGGGGACCUGGUGAACAAGUACUGCCAGGCGGCCCACAAGCUGAUGGUGGCCGUGUCCGAGGACGUGCUGCAGGUCUAUGCAGACUGGCAGCGCUGGCUGUUUGGGGAGCUGCCGCUCAGCCACUUCUCCCGCGUCUUCGACGUCUUCCUGGUGGAGGGCUACAAGGUGCUGUACCGCGUGGCUCUGGCCAUCCUCAAGUUCUUCCACAAGGUGAGAGCCGGGCAGCCGCCAGAGUCGGACAGCGUGAAGCAGGACAUCCGAGCCUUCGUCAGGGACAUCGCCAAGACCGUGUCUCCGGAGAAGCUGCUGGAGAAGGCGUUUGCCAUCCGCCUCUUCUCCCGGAAGGAAAUCCAGCUCCUGCAGAUGGCCAACGAGAAAGCUCUGAAGCAGAAGGGCAUCACCGUCAAGCAGAAGAGUGUUUCACUCUCUAAAAGGCAGUUUGUGCACCUGGCCGUGCACGCGGAGAACUUCCACUCAGAGAUCGUCAGUGUGAAGGAGAUGAGAGACAUCUGGUCAUGGGUCCCCGAACGCUUCGCCCUGUGCCAGCCCCUCCUCCUCUUCUCGUCCCUGCAGCACGGGUACAGCCUGACCAGGUUCUAUCUCCAGUGUGAAGGACAUGAGCCCACCCUCCUGCUCAUCAAGACCACGCAGAAGGAGGUGUGUGGGGCUUACCUGUCAACAGACUGGAGUGAGAGGAACAAGUUUGGUGGUAAAGUGGGCUUCUUUGGGACUGGAGAGUGCUUCGUGUUUCGGCUGCAGCCCGAGGUCCAGCGCUAUGAGUGGGUGGUCAUUAAACACCCAGAGCUGACUAAGCCUGUGUCCUCGGAGGCCCCCGCCGCCCCGUCGCCACCGUGCCGCCCCGUGUCCUCCGACCCUGCUGACCGCCUCUCGCCCUUCCUGGCUGCACGUCACUUCAACCUGCCCUCCAAGACAGAGUCCAUGUUCAUGGCUGGGGGCAAUGACUGCCUCAUCGUAGGUGGAGGGGGCGGCCAGGCGCUCUACAUCGAUGGGGACCUAAACCGGGGCCGCACUGGCCACUGUGACACUUUCAACAACCAGCCCCUCUGCUCUGAGAACUUCCUCAUCGCGGCUGUGGAGGCCUGGGGCUUCCAAGACCCUGACACCCAGUGACGGACCUGCACAGACGGUGACUGAGCCAUCACCAUGGGGUGGGGUGGGGCAGAGGCCAGGCCCCCUCUUCAGGGCAGUAAGUGAGGUCCCCUCCUCUCCCCUGUGCCAUGCCAGUGGCCAGUGUCUAAGUGCAGCUGGGGCUCUGGGGCUGGGCUGGCCAGGGGAUGCCGGGACUUCAGCCGCCUGGGCCUGUCCCUGCUCAGACCUGCUGCUGCCUUGAGCGUGGGCUCAGGCCCCAGUUCUCCGUGGAGGCAUCCUGUGCCCGAGGCUAGCAGGGCCACCCACACAGUCUCAGUCCCUUGGUGCAGUGCGGGGACAGGAAAAGAAGAAACCUUCCAUCAAGUGUGGGGCCAUGGCGCCCCCUGCUGGUGCCUCGUAGCAUAGCUCCUGAGCAGAGGCCCGUGGCAACCACUGGUCCUGUGGGUGGUUGGCCACCUGGCCAGUGGCUGGCACUGGCAGCUCCCCAGAAAAAACAGGCACGCUGGGGACGGCUUCUUGGCCUUGUCCCCCUCCCCCUCCCACCACCUCUCACCCUUACCCUCCUCCCCGUGCUGGCCUCCUGUGGCUGCCUCUUGGAUGGUCACAGCAGGGGGAAGGAGGGGAGGGCUGAAUUUGUGCUGAGCUCUGGACCCCUCCUGAGGGAGUGCCGAGCACCAGUAUGAAAAAGGGCUGGAGGGGACAUCACGGGUUCUUGCUUUUCAGAGCCUGAGGCUUCUGCUGGGCCUCACUGUGGGCCCAUCCCUGAAGAGGCCGCCCAGGAUGGCCCAGGGAGGGGCCCUCCGCGGCUGACCCCAAACCAGCCAGCUCCGUGUCCUGGAGAAGCCCGGACCCACGGGGGCUUCUGCAGCCCUCCUGCUCUCUGCCCGGGGCCGCCUCCACUCCCCCACAGUCUCUGUAGUGGCCCCAGGGUCCUGUCCAGACUCCCCAACGUGGCAUGCUGGUCUUCGUCCGUCCCCAGGCACCCCAGCUUGUUAGAGCUGCCUGCUCCCCAGAUCCCUUCCCUGCGGCGCUGUCACAUGCCAUCACACGCCCCUCUCACAGCCCUGUGGUUGGUUUUCUUGUGCUGCCUCCCCUGCCCCCUCCCUGCCCAGCCUGACCCCACAGGGGCCCUGCAGACUGUAGGUGCCACGUGAAGACUGGUUGGGGAGUGGUCUCCUGCUUCGUGACGGCCCUCAGCAGGUCCUGAGGGCCUGGGCACCUGGGGGAGGACACCCAAGCAGCCUCUUGGGACUGUGGCAGCUACCCCCCAACCUGGUCCCCAUGUGGCUGCAGCCAGCCCCUCAGUGUCCCCACGCGCCACACCUCUGCUAUCUCCGUCUCGCUUGCUCCUCCUGUGGGGCAUUGGCCCUCCCCUGCCCCCCCCACUCCAGUAUCCCCAGAGCCGGGCCACCAUGGUGCAGGAGAAGGACCAGGAGCCCUGGGUGGCAUUGGGCAAGCCACGAACCUGCCUGGAACUCUGUUGCUCCAGGUGUAAAAUGGGGCCAGUCAUCCUGCUCCGCUGUCCCCACGGGACUCUCAAGAGGCUCUGCAGGGACAGCGUGAGUCCCUAGUGAGAAGAGAUGUGCUAGGAGGCAGUGUCACUCCUCACCCCCCCCCCCCACUGCCACCCUUGUCUCCCCUCCUCUGAGCCCUCACAGCCCUGUGUCGUAGCGCCAACUUCGGUGUUCAUUAAAACAUGGUCUUGUUACAUGAA